GGAAUAGCAUCAUACUAUCGCAGCGCAGUAAAUGAACGAUAUGCCUUAAAUGCUUGGUGAAAUCGGAUGAGUUGAAAAUUAUUUUACUUCUGAAGCGAAAACAAAAAUCAUAAUUACUCAUAUCUCCACCGUGGGCAUUGCGUUGAAACAAGUUUCUAGCGAGUAUGGAAACUGAACCGGUAGAACUUGAAGAUGGAGAAGUUGUGGAUGACGAGGUUGUCGAUGCGUUCGAGUACAAUGUUUUAGAGCGGCCUCAUGUUGCCCCCAGACCUGAGGAUACAUCGUCCAAGCUACAUUACAGUGAUGAAUCAGAUGAGCCCACGGAAUCUGAAAGUGAUUCGGACUCAGAUUCGGCACAUACUUGUUCCAAGAAGCCAAAGAUGAAGAUAAAACGGUGGAAGAAUAGAGAGGUAGAGAAAAAAGAAGCUCAAGACAAGUACAAGGUGUGGUGUAUGCAGGUUCAGGAAGAAGCACUCACGGAGGAACUUGUAUCAUGCGGGGUCACUAAGCGAGAUUAUCAGGGUAGAAAUGUCGAAUUCUAUGACUUCACUGUUCGAUAUUCCCCCAAUGAACAACAGACACCAGCUGAACUUAGUUCGGAUACUGAGAAAGAUGCUCCACCUAGGAUUAACAACAAAAGGACAAAUGAGGAUAGGACAAACCUUAAGUUAAGGCUUGGUAAACGAAGAAAUUCUAUGGAAAUUGAUGGGCAGCGAGGAGUUGCAAGAAAAAUACUUGACUUGCGCACCACUGCCGAUUCUGAUGACGGAGACGUAGCUGCAGAUAUAGCGGAAAAGCUGUGCGAAAAGAAAGAUGAUCUCAUAAAGAGAGCAGUGAGUAUAAUAGGAAAAGAAAAAGCCAUAGAUUUCUUCGAACAAACUAAAAAAAUUGAGGAAGACGGGGGAAUGAUGAUAGUGAACGGAUCACGUAGGAGGACUCCAGGAGGAGUUUUUUUGUUAUUAUUGAAGCAAGAUGAUCACAUUCCUCAGGAAAAAAUACGAGCAAUUUUCCAAGAGGACCGUAAACAGACUGUGGAACAGAGAAAGCAGGCGCAAGCUUCCAGCAGGAGACGGAAAACACAGGAACUAAUGCGGAGUCUCGAAAAUGGCUCUGAAAAGGAUCUUCCAGCCCUACUAACGCGUGCCGAGCUCUCAACGAGGCAGAUCGCGGAGGAAGCGCGAUUGAGGAGAGGGGAGGGUCGUGAUAGAGAAAGAACUCCGCCAGACUCUGACCGUCCAGUGACAAAUCCACCACCCAGUCCCGUAACAGAUGAUCCCGACCACACACCUCCGUCUUCACGUAGACAAGUUCAGGAUUACGCAGCCGAUGACUUCCUUGAAAUUGGGGUGGAUGUUGACAGCAUGGAGUUGUUUUAAAAUCUACGAACAAGUUUAUAUUACGCGAGCGUAUCGAUAUUAUCAAUUAUUAGCUCUAUUUUAGAGCUGGAAAAUUGUCUCAAACUUUACAGAGGCUGCUGAUGUGUUUUUUUAUACGGAAAUUUACUGCAUUAGGACAGUACAGGUAUGAAUACAGAUAGGUGACUGAAAUAAUUACUUGGCUAUUGCCUGAAGGUAAUUACGAUCAGUGAAGAGAGAACAGUACAAGUACCAAAUAAGCAAUGUCGUUCUCUUCUGUUCACGUUUUUUUUGCAAUUGAUAUAACUAUUAUUAUCUGUGCAUGAAUCAAAAAUAGCUAAAAUAAUUUGAAAAAGCUGCAUUCACUUCUCCUAUCCGUUGGAUGAAAUCCGCCUUUAAAGAUCUCCGAACGGGCAUAAAAUAUUCUUUUUUAGUUUUGUCAGAUUCGUGUUGUUUGGCACGUUUUACGUGUAGUAACGUGGUAUAGUUUAUGCUUAAUCGAAUUUUAUGUAAAUUCACACUGUGUUUAUCCUUCGCGUUUGUUUCUACCCGGUUUCUGAGUGGACGCCAAACAGAUUUUAAUGUUUCUAUAUAGUUGAAAGGAAACAGGAACAUGAUUGCAAGAUGGCUAUAUCGUCGGGGCGCAGCCUCUGUAACCGAAUUAAGCCAAUAAAUUUAUGUACAGGAAGUUACUUUUUCAGGCGACUUCUUAGAUAACAUGUAAUCAUAAUGUAUGAAAUAUAAGAGAUCGAACUAAGUCUAAGCGCCGAUAUUCUGAAACGAAAAAUUCAUUUUGUAAUAUAUAAUCUCCUCGGUAAGAUCCGAGAGCAUUUUGUGUGUUUUAUUAAUACUAUACUGAAUCAACCCAGCAACAUAUUUCUAUGGAAACGGUUCUAAGUCGAUUCUUCAAUUUUGUCACUCAAUAUUCGAUUAAGGAAUUUUUUUUAAUUUUAAUUCCGGGAAAUAACGAAAAAUUUAAGUAUACUGACUUUGAUCCCAGUCCAUAUUCGGAUAAAAAUAAUUGAACAAAUGUUUUUGAUGUUUGCAAUAUUUUAUUUGUGGUUUAUUUGUUGUCAUUUUCUAUUCGGGAAAAAAUCUUCGUAGCUACAAAUGUUAUCUUAUUCCUAUGGGCUUAUGCCAUGUCUCAAAAAGACGACAGUUUACAAAAGAAUAGGGACCGUUUUGAAAAUUAACUUUAAUAUGUCAAACCCGUCAUGGAGUGGAGUUUUUUUGCGGUUAUGAAAGUGACCCGAGGCUGUGAUAUCGUAAUUUACUGACAUCGAGAAUAAACGGAUAUUGAAUACAUGUA